UUUAGGAUAUAUAAUUUUUUUUUUGUUGUUGUUUUUGUUGUAAUUGAGAAAUCCCUUUUAGAUUAUAACUAAAUAAUAAUAAACAACUGAAAAUUAUUCAUCAUCAUUAUUAUUAUUGUUGUAUAUUCUAUUAGCUAAUUUUUAACGAAAAGAAUCCAUUUGUUUCAUUGGAAUAAUUAUUAUUUACCUGGCAUCCAAUUGGUUUCUAAAUUGACAAUUUAUAAAAAGAAAAAAACAACAACUAAUUUGAAUCAAAUCAAACAAAAAAACAGUACAAAUUAUCACAAAUAUGGCAUUGAAGAGAAUCCGUAAAGAAUUGGAAGAUUUGAAACGUGAUCCACCGGCACAAUGUUCUGCCGGUCCAGUCGGUGAAGAUCCGUUCCAUUGGCAAGCGACGAUUAUGGGACCACCAGAUAGUCCUUAUCAAGGCGGAGUGUUUUUCUUGACGAUACAUUUUCCAACAGAUUAUCCGUUCAAGCCUCCAAAAGUUUCAUUCACGACGCGUAUAUAUCAUCCGAAUAUAAACAGUAAUGGUUCUAUAUGUCUGGAUAUAUUACGAUCACAAUGGUCGCCUGCAUUGACCAUUUCAAAAGUUUUGCUUUCAAUUUGUUCACUAUUAUGCGAUCCAAAUCCCGAUGAUCCUUUGGUACCAGAAAUUGCUCGUAUUUACAAAACUGAUCGCGAUAAAUACAAUGAAUUUGCACGAGAAUGGACUCGUAAAUAUGCAAUGUGAUGAUGCAAGAAAAUAAUUAUUGAAGGAUGAUGUAUAAUGUGUGUCUCUAUGUGUGAAUGUGUGUGUGUGUGUUUAUGUCUCUUUGUAUGUAACGAUUUAUUAUUAUCUCGAAUUCAAAACGUUGUCAG